CAAGUUCACAACACAAACAAACAGGAAUAGUACAUAUAUCCUACAAGGUUAGCAAGAAGGUUCAUAGUCGACCAAUAUGGCUGGCAUCUCCACCAAUGCCAUUGUCCUUGUGCUUGUGGCACUCCUCUCCGUGCUCGUCACGUCCGUCCGUUGUGCGGCCAACUACGACACCGCCGCCGCUAGAUCCUACAACUCCGGCUGGCUCCCCGCCAAGGCCACCUGGUACGGAGCACCCACCGGCGCCGGCCCCAUGGACAACGGCGGUGCUUGCGGUUUCAAGAACGUGAACCAGUACCCCUUCUCCUCCAUGACGUCCUGCGGCAACGAGCCUCUCUUCGACGGCGGCGCCGGCUGCGGCAGCUGCUACGAGAUUCGAUGCGUUGCCGCCAACAACCCUUCCUGCUCCGGCCAGCCGAGGAGGGUGGUCAUCACCGACAUGAACUACUACCCCGUGGCCAGGUACCACUUCGACCUUAGCGGCACGGCGUUCGGGGCCAUGGCCAAGAACGGCCUCAACGACAAGCUCCGCCACGCCGGCAUCAUCGACAUGCAGUUCAGGAGGGUGCGCUGUAACUUCCCGGGCAUGAAGGUCACCUUCCAUGUCCAGCGCGGCUCCAACCCUAACUACCUCGCGGUGCUCGUGGAGUACGCCAACGUGGACGGGACCGUGGUGCGGAUGGAGCUCAUGCAGACCAGGAACGGCCGCCCCACGGGGUCCUGGGAGCCGAUGCGCCGCUCUUGGGGAUCCAUCUGGCGGAUGGACACCAGCCGCCCGCUGCAGGGGCCAUUCUCCAUGCGCAUCACCAGCGACUCCGGCAAGACGCUGGUGGCCAACAGUGUCAUCCCGGCCUACUGGCGGCCGGACAAAGCCUACGGGUCCAACGUCCAGUUCUACUGAUUUUGGCUUACCUAUAUACCUGCUUCUCCGAUCGAUCGAUGUCGAUUGAGUUGAUGCUCCUGGAUUUCUCUUCUCAUCAAACGCUACCUAUUGUUCAUUGUAAGUGAUAAGGCCUUGUACAACGCAAUGCAAGGUCUUUAGUGAGGUAUAUUUGUAAAAAGGUACCGGUAAUUUCUUAAGUAUCGGUGUUUAUUUGUAUUGUAGCACAUAAGCUUACUUAGACACCACUGUUAUCCAAAAAGGAUCGGGGCUUAAGGAAAACCAGUUUGUAUUUGCAAGCUCCUCUACAUGGUCCAGAUAUUGCUAGCUAACUGGAUGAUCAACAUUGGCUGGCCAAUGCAUGUUGCCGGGCUCUUUAAUUCUCGCUACCCCGUGGAUUAGAGCUGCGUAAGACCGAGUAAUAUGUCGGUUUUCUACCUCUAUUUCUUUUUUUUCUCUUUUUGUUUUUUACUUAUUCUUGUUUCUUUUCUAAAAUUACAUGGAUACUCUAUUUUUAAAUCCUGAUUUAUGAACACACAUUUUAUGCAUUUAAUUAAACAUGGCGAAAACAAUUUAAUUAUGCCUUUUUGUCUAGAACACCAGGAUAUCACCAAACUCCACAAGUGAGUAGAACACUCGAUCAUUUUUUCUAAGAAAAAACAGAAAUAUUUGUAUUUGCUUUUUUUUAUUUUUCCUAUUCAUUCGGGUGUAUGUGGAUCCAUGUUCACCGAUGUAUUUUGUUAUGUUUCACUGACGCCGGUCUUCUCAAAAAAUUACUCACGCUUUCGGUGCCCUUGCAUUCCCCGACAAAGCAGUUAGCAGGUCAUCGAGAAGUCCAAGCCAAGCAGGACACAUGCUACUCAGACAUGAAUUAUAUCAGAGCGACAAAGACCGAGAAGGCACGAUGACAAGGGCAGGCGUGGCUGGCGCAAAAGCUAUGUCCUUAGCAGCGUAUGUUUCUAUGAGGGCACGGGCUUCGCCGCCAACCACCCACACACCUCUGCCAUCAUGCAUGAUGAACGUGAAGAGAAUCCGACCACCUAGCUUAACUAGAGGUAUCUCACGGUGUAAUUCACGGGAGUAAUUAAUCAG